AAUGUUGUUUAUCACGAGUAGUGAAAAAAACAAGCUUUUGCGAAUUUGGGCACAGUUUAAACAUAAAACGACCCCUACCUUUAGACUUUCUGGGCUCAGGUUGGGAACACAUCUCUGCAGAGACGGUGGAAGGCUCUGGAUCUGAGUCUGGGUGAAGAACAUCACUUUUAUGCCCAUCUCCGCGGCAGCUAUGACGGAAGCCAAAAGCAGCACGGAGCGGCUGAGGCUGUGGUCUCCGACCACCAGGGUGCUGCAGGUCGUUGGUGACGGUGUAAUAACUUUGACGUCCUUCUUUAAAUCAGAUUGUGACAUAAACGUCCGAAAAACGAGCGACAAAAUAUCAGCCAUGUGUCACAAUCCCACAAUCAACGCUUUACUAACCAAAAAUGAUGCUCUGGCUCAAGCUUCCCGCGUUUGUUUACAUGGUGCACGAUGGUGUUCGUGCUACUGUAGUCCGGAUGCAACGCAUUGUGUCCAUUGUAACGUUCCGCUCGGUCCACACGGUUUAUAUUUCUAUUAGCAUUUCACCGAUGUCUUCGCCUAGCUUAAAAGGAAAAACUAGAUAUUGCCAACGCAAAGUUUAUGAAUCUAUAGCGCGAGGAAGACGAGCUCAAAAUGCAUUGAUAUCAGUGUUUCCUGCGAGUCCUUACACAACUUCCGGCAUGUCGGAUAAUCAAAGCAUCAGCUGUUAUGGCCAAGAUGGCGCAUCAGCUGGCAGAAGUGGAGGCUCCCCUGGACACAAACCAAGCCGGCGAGCAAGGAAAGGGUGUUUUGAGGCGCUGUAGGGGGCGACCCAGGCUCACAGACUCCGACCGAGCGCAGAGGCGGCUGGAAUCCAGAAAGAAGUACGAUGUCAGGAGGGUGUACCUCGGAGAGUCGCACAAGCUGUGGAGUGAUCUCCGCAGGCGGACCGGUCUGAGCGACGCCGGGCUGGCAGAAUAUCUCAUCCUACUCAACUCCACCUAUGGAGAAAAAUACCAGCAGAAAUACUGCGGGAAGAAGAUUGCCCCAGAAGUCUCGGCAAAACAGAAAAGAGGCAGGAAGCAACGUGUGUCCAGCCUCCAGAGCCUGGUGUGUUGGUACCAGCAGCACUCGCACUCUUGCCCACACGAGCCCCAGCUUAGAGCUCUAGAGACCCAGUCCAACUUCUCCACCACUGCAGUCUGGCAAUGUGAAGGCAACCACUCGUUUGUGCAAUACCUUUUCUCACCUCUGGGGGAGGCAAGUGACUCUGAGCAUGAGGAGGGAGUGAACAGGGACAGCGAUGGAGAGUGUGCAGUCAAAACAGACGUGUCUGUAGCAAAAAACAUAGUAAGCCGGAAGAGAAGGAAGGAGGCUCACAGACAGUUGAAAGACGUGGGAGAAAAUGUGGAUGUUUCUGAGGAACAUCAGGAAGCUGUAAGCCAGGUAGAAGAGGUUGUAGUUCCAACCCCUGAAGCCAGCGUACUGGCCUCUUCCAAGGAUGCUCCGCUGACAGGGCAGCCUAUCUGGGAAGUGGAGAUGGUGCGACAGCAAGGCUCCCUCACAGCGGCUUUUCACUCCGUCCCCACAGAGGAAGAGGAGACUGAAGAUCUGAGGCAAGGUAAGGAUGGAGGGGAAGAAGAACGCCUCACAGAAGAGGAAGUCAGGACUGUUAGGCACGAUUACGAGUGCGUUAUGACGGCAUCCUUAGCUGAUGAACUUGACAAGUCUGAUGAGGACUUGGUGCUGUCGCAGAGCCUGAGUGGCUCAGUGCGCCUGAGUGCUCAGACAGAACUGUCAGUCCCACCGACCAUGCAGGUCCAAGAGCAGAGCGAACUGUUUGAGCCUCAGACUCUGCAAACGGUGGUGACCGGCUGUGAGAUUCCUGACCAGAGGACGGCUUUGGAGGGCUCACAGUUAAUUAUCAUCACUGGCCCCAGCUACGAAGCCCUGGCAUCCGAGGGAAUCCAACUCAACAUGGGAGGCGGAAAUGUGGAGGAAGUCACCUGCACCGUCAUUGGGGGCGUCACCUACAACCAGGUGUGCACGGCUGACUCGAAAAUCAGAACAGCAGAGGAUGAGGACUCCAUGACAGGUAUGACUGACAAACAACUGCUGCAGCCCAGUGUUGACACUUUGGAGCUGGGCAGUGACAGACAGCUGCAGAGGAGUCUGAGCAGGUCAAAGAGAAGCAGACGAGGCCCGGUGAUCGAGGCUGAUGGGAUGCUCAAGAUGUUCCACUGUCCGUACGAGGGUUGCAGUCAAGUCUAUGUAGCAAUUAGCAGCUUUCAGAAUCACGUGAACCUAGUUCACAGGAAAGGAAGGACAAAGGUUUGCCCCCACCCUGGCUGUGGAAAGAAAUUCUACCUGUCGAACCAUCUGCAUCGCCACAUGAUCAUCCAUUCUGGCGUUAGAGAUUUUAUCUGUGAGACUUGUGGAAAGUCAUUUAAACGCAAAAAUCACCUGGAGGUUCACAGGCGGACGCACACAGGAGAAACACCACUCCAAUGUGAAAUCUGUGGCUACCAGUGUCGCCAGCGCGCAUCCCUGAACUGGCACAUGAAGAAACACACUCCAGAGGCCCACUACAACUUCACCUGUGAGUUCUGUGACAAGAGGUUCGAGAAGCUGGACAGUGUCAAAUUCCACAAGUUAAAGAGUCACCCAGACAAGCAGGCAACCUGAGGUGCAUAAGCAUUACUGGCUGGACACCUCCGAGACCAAAGGAAGUCUUCCAGUGAAGAGAGAGACUUUGCCGCGUCUGUAUUGCCUUGCACGUCCAGGGCGAUGAACAUCAGCCGUGUUCUUACAGGCUGAGGAUGAAGGCAGGAGUGAUUCGGACUAACAGCUGUGCAGGACGCAUGCUGUGUCAGAGGCUAAUUUCCUCAUUUGGUAAAGAGUGAUUCCUAAAUAUUUCAAGCAACUGUUCACAUACCAGACUUGGCAAAAUCUGUCAGAAUUAAUUUGAUAUGUUUUCUGUUUUUGUUUUGUUUUUCAGGACAAUUUCCGAUAUUAAAAAAGAAGAAGUGAUUAAACAUAGCUGUAAACAUUAGCAAGGCUCGUUAACUAGCUUGCUAGUAACUGUUGCUUUCUGAGCUGGUUGUGCUUUGUUACAUGUUCAUUUUUAUUUGGGGUUACAGAUUAAGUAAAAGAACUGGUCACAUUCAUGACCAGCCCACACACCGUGUAGUAUUUCCCCACUCUGUGGGAACCAAUUCAGAAUGCUUCUAGAUCUGAGAUUUGGCUAAUUAUUUUCAGCAACCAUAUUUGUUUCCUCUGGCGUGAGCAGACAGUCGUGUAAUAGUAAAUGUUUUUGUAGGCUCUGGAAAGUGUCCUGCAGUUACAUAAAGGGCAUAUUGAAAACAUACAAAAAAAAAAAAUGUAUUUUUUCAUGUGUAACCAUGAAGAUCUCUGUUUCCUUAAACAAUUCAGUUCAGUUUCAUUUAUACAAUGCUAAAUCCCAAAAGCUGUCACCUUAAGGUGCUUUAAAUAGUAAAGUCAAUAUAAAGUCCAGCAAUCCGACGACCCCAUAUAAGCAAGCACUUUGCAAAAGUGGGAGGGAAAAACUCCGUUUUAACAGG